AUGACACAGUGGCAGCACUUAGCAAGCCCGGAGCUAGCCGAUCUACAAUUCGGGACUCCUGGCAAUAUCGAUAUUUUGGUUGGUGCUGAUGUAUGGGGUCAAGUGGUUGAAGGUGACGUUAAUUUCGGCGGUCUGCAAGAGCCACAUCCACAACGCACACGUUUCGGUUGGGUUGUCUUCGGUCCAGCAUCAGCAGAGAAAAUAUCAGCACUGCCCUCGCUUGCAUUCAGCGCACAGCUGCGAGGCGAGGACAUGCAGUUGGAGGAGCUCGAACGCAAUUUUUGGCAGCUAGAGGAAGUGCCUUCACAAGAUUGUGGUGGAGACGAUGAACGCGAACGACACUUUUCAGCAACUCACUCUCGCACUUCGGACGGUCGCUAUGUUUUUCAGAUAGUGUUUCGCGCUGGCGCCCCACCUCUGGGCGACUCAUACGCACACGCUUUGCGAGAGUACGAGGACCUGGGCCAUAUGGAGCGCGUUGGUCCACUAGACGACAAGGAACCCUGCUAUUAUAUCCCACACCACGCGGUUACGGAAAAAUUACGCGUCGUAUUCAAUGCCUCUGUGCGGACUACAAACGGUAUCUCAUUGAACGACAUCCAGUUAGUAGAAGAAACAAUCCAGGAACCGCUCAUCAAUAUCAUGUUUCGGUUCCGCCGCUUUCGCAUCGCAUUGUCGGCAGAUAUUGAGAAGAUGUACCGACACGUGCCAGUAACUCCUAAGCACAGGAACUUCCAACGAAUCAUUUGGAGGGAAUCGACAAGUAACGGCAUCGCUGUAUAA